GGCCGGAGGGUGGGGCGGGUGGCGGCGGUGGCAGUCCGAGGUCUGGCUCCGCGCAGUAUAUGACAGUACGUCAGCAGCGGGAUGGCCCUAGCAGUGGCGGCGGCUGCAGAAGCCCAAGCAGCCGCGGCCGCAGUGGAGGCUAGAGCCGGAGCGGCGGCGGCGGCGGCACCCCGGGGAGUUUAAGAUGGCGGCGGGGGGGGCAGCGGGCCUGCGGGAGGAGCAGCGCUAUGGGCUGUCGUGCGGACGGCUGGGGCAGGACAACAUCACCGUACUGCAUGUGAAGCUCACCGAGACGGCGAUCCGGGCGCUCGAGACUUACCAGAGCCACAAGAAUUUAAUUCCUUUUCGACCUUCAAUUCAGUUCCAAGGACUCCACGGGAUGCCUGUCUUCUUAGAACAUUGCAAACGUCUCACAAAGCCUAGCGGUAUGGAUCUCUUUUUUUCAUGGAGCAAUGCUCUUGUCAAAAUUCCCAAAAAUGAUCCCCUCAAUGAAGUUCAUAACUUUAACUUUUAUUUGUCAAAUGUGGGCAAAGACAACCCUCAGGGCAGCUUUGACUGCAUCCAGCAAACAUUCUCCAGCUCUGGAGCCUCCCAGCUCAAUUGCCUGGGAUUUAUACAAGAUAAAAUUACAGUGUGUGCAACAAACGACUCGUAUCAGAUGACACGAGAAAGAAUGACCCAGGCAGAGGAGGAAUCCCGCAACCGAAGCACAAAAGUUAUCAAACCCGGUGGACCAUAUGUAGGGAAAAGAGUGCAAAUUCGGAAAGCACCUCAAGCUGUUUCAGAUACAGUUCCUGAGAGGAAAAGGUCAACCCCCAUGAACCCUGCAAAUACAAUUCGAAAGACACAUAGCAGCAGCACCGUCUCUCAGAGGCCAUACAGGGACAGGGUGAUUCACUUACUGGCCCUGAAGGCCUACAAGAAACCAGAGCUACUUGCUAGACUCCAGAAAGAUGGUGUCAAUCAAAAAGACAAGAACUCCCUGGGAGCAAUUCUGCAACAGGUAGCCAAUCUGAAUCCUAAGGACCUCUCAUAUACCUUAAAGGAUUAUGUUUUUAAAGAGCUUCAAAGAGACUGGCCUGGAUACAGUGAAAUAGACAGACGGUCAUUAGAGUCAGUGCUCUCUAGAAAACUAAAUCCAUCUCAGAAUGCUGCAGGCACCAGCCGUUCAGAAUCUCCUGUAUGUUCUAGUAGAGACGCUGUAACUUCUCCUCAGAAACGGCUUUUGGAUUCAGAGUUUAUUGAUCCUUUAAUGAAUAAAAAAGCCCGAAUAUCUCACCUGACGAACAGAGUACCACCAACACUAAAUGGUCAUUUGAAUCCCACCAGUGAAAAAUCUGCUGUAGGCCUCCCGCUGCCCCCUGCAGCUGCUGCCAUCCCCACCCCUCCACCGCUGCCUUCAACCUAUCUGCCCGUCUCACAUCCUCCUCAGAUUGUAAAUUCUAACUCCAAUUCCCCUAGCACUCCAGAAGGCCGGGGGACUCAAGACCUACCUGUUGACAGUUUUAGUCAAAACGAUAGUAUCUAUGAGGACCAGCAAGACAAAUAUACCUCUAGGACUUCUCUGGAAACCUUACCCCCUGGUUCAGUUCUACUAAAGUGUCCAAAGCCUAUGGAAGAAAACCAUUCAAUGUCUCACAAAAAGUCCAAAAAGAAGUCUAAAAAACAUAAGGAAAAGGACCAAAUAAAAAAGCACGACAUUGAGACUAUUGAGGAAAAGGAGGAAGAUCUUAAGAGAGAAGAGGAAAUUGCCAAGCUAAAUAACUCCAGUCCAAAUUCCAGUGGAGGAGUUAAAGAGGAUUGCACUGCCUCCAUGGAACCUUCAGCAAUUGAACUCCCAGAUUAUUUGAUAAAAUAUAUCGCUAUCGUCUCCUAUGAGCAACGCCAGAAUUAUAAGGAUGACUUCAAUGCAGAGUAUGAUGAGUACAGAGCUUUGCAUGCCAGGAUGGAGACUGUAGCUAGAAGAUUUAUCAAACUAGAUGCACAAAGAAAGCGCCUUUCUCCAGGCUCAAAAGAGUAUCAGAAUGUUCAUGAAGAAGUCUUACAAGAAUAUCAGAAGAUAAAGCAGUCUAGUCCCAAUUACCAUGAAGAAAAAUACAGAUGUGAAUAUCUUCAUAACAAGCUGGCUCACAUCAAAAGGCUAAUAGGUGAAUUUGACCAACAGCAAGCAGAGUCAUGGCCCUAGAACUCUGCUUGGACCAGAAGAUGUGAAUAAACUUAAGCUUAUUUAUUUAAAAUUCCAAAUGAGUUGCUCUAGAUUCUAAAAAGGUGAAACUUUGGCUGUUGAAAGUUUCAGUAUUAGUAAACUUGAGUUACUUUUUCUUUUCCAUUUUACUUUGCUUCCCUGCACUUCGAAGCUGCUCUUUCUGGUCCUCUCCACCACCCCACCCCCGAGACUUGUGUUUGUUAAUAGAAAUAAUUUUUUUAGGUAUUGGGGAUCCAUUGUCUAUAUUUCAAAUCAGUUUUUCCUCAAAAACUUGUGUUUGUUAUUAGAAAUGAUUUUUUAGAUAUUGGGGAUCCAGUGUCCACACUUAAAAGUUGUAUGUGUUUAAAAAACAACAGUAAUGUGCAAGGUGAAAUGCUUUUGGAUAAACGUAAGCCUAUUUUCUGACCUUUCUUAAUGCAAACUCUUUGCCUUAAAUGGUAGAAUAUUUAGAAAUUUGCACAAAAUUAAAAAAAUAAACAUUGUCUUGGAGGGUUAAAAAAUAGAAAGGUGUAUGUGUAUAGAUUCACAUACAUAUACAGGCUGACUUGAUCUGGAACAUUAAAUCUGCCCUGCAAGUUAACCCCCCAUUGCAAUGGUUGCCUUAAGGUGUUUGCUAGUUGUGUACAUAGUGUGGUUAAUCAUUAGCUACACUGCUUCCCACUUGAUUAGAGCAAUGGGAAGCAUACUGUGGCCUACCAGCAUCUGGAAGUGUGUGCUCGAUCUGUAUGUGUGCAGAGGUGGUGUGGAUGUGAGCGUGCAUGAAGGAAAAAAAGCUGCUACUCCUAGUAGGCCAAACGCUCAGGUUAAACAACUGACGAGUGUUACUGUAGGGUGUUUCUUUGUUUUUUUUUUUUUUUUUUUCUAUCAAAUUGCUACUUUUGUUGUGGAAGACAAAAGCAUUUCCAUUUCAAUGAGUUUGUCAGCUUUAUUAAUGUUGGGCAAAAAUUGAUAUGUCAUGAAAAUGAAACAGAUCUAUAGUUUUGGGACAAAAUUAUAAAAUUAAAUGUGUAGGUAACAUAUUUAUAUACUGCUAUAAAGUAUUUUUUGAAGAGAGAUAUGCAAAGAAGCUAUUACCUACAUAAGAUGUAUAUUUAAAGAUUUUUUUUUUCAUCCUGGUGCCAGGAAUAUAAAAAAGAGUGGAUAUAUUUAACCAUAACAUACUGUGAUUCAUCAAACAGCACAAACUUUCAUUUCAUGGAGUUUAUCUGUUGACAUUGAUUUAAACUGUCACUUGUUUUAUCAUGUGGGAACAUAAGUUAUGUGGUAAAAAAAUAUAAGGAUUUUGAACUAAUGUUGAUUCAAGUUGUAUUGUCUUAUUGUGUUGUCUUUUCAAAGUGCUGCCAGUUGAAAAGGGAAGCAUUAUGUUUACAAAUCUGUUUUGAAAUGUUUGCCAAAAUUUUGGUAGUGUCUUUAAUAAAGAUGUUUGUCUCCAGCAUCCAGAAAAAUAAA